AUGUCUCUUCGUCGACCCCAUCGCGACUCCUGGGAGCAGCAGGAGAGAAAGCGGAUAGAUCGUUCUUCCUCGCCUGCUACUAAGCAGGCAGCGUCAUGGGUGCCAAUUCGUCGCCUAACGCCAUCGCCAUUGCCAUCGCCAUUGCCAUCGCCAUUGCCAUCGCCUUCGCCUUCACAGCAGCCACAGACACAGGCACAGACACAGACACAAUCAAUCGUGCUUCUAUCAGCCGACAACGACGUCCGCCCAAAGACCAUACACGGAUAUGUAGCACCUUAUGUUGCCGAUAGCCCAGAUGAGGGCGAUAGCGAUACCGACGACUACCCUGAGCAGCUAGCGUUGACACCCACUGAGUCUCGUCAAGAUUCCGUAUCCCGGGGUACGAGCCCUGAUCUAGCCGAACCACUGCCUACUGUACUUUCCUCUGAUGAGCAUGAUCAACGUGAUUGCAGCCCCAGCACGGAAGAUCAAGACUACACCCUCCCACGUCUGGUCUACCAACCACCAUCACUAAACCCUGACUCAUCAUCGCAGGUUGAAAACAACAACAUUAUACCCUCGAUAGAGACAGAUCCUCCGGCAACACUACACUCAAGCUGGUCCUCCACCACAGCCACACCAUCUCUAGCUCGCCACGCCAGCCCAGCAGCAACAAUGACACCAAUCGAGCAACACGAGUUCGACAUGCUGCAUUCCACCGACUUCCCAGUCCAGUACCUCCGACCAGUCCCCGACUUUAUCGUCCUAAUGACGCAAGUCGCACCCGUGAUAGGAGAUCCCGGUUCCGCUUAUACCCCCUUUGGACCUAAAGGUCCCGCGAAGCCGAUCUUCGUGGAUACGCAGACGAUGUGGUUGAGACAGGCAUAUCCCGAGGACGGGCGGGACAGUGUUCUCAAGGAGGAGAGGGUGGGGACACGGAACGACCGGCUUAGGUGGGCGAGGAAGCCGAGGUCGCGGAACGAGUUGAGCAGUGGUGGACGUAAUAGUAGGAGCACUGCGAGGGACUCUAGCUAUGGGUCUGGUGGGAUACCGUAUGCUGAUCCCGCUUCGUCUGUGAGAGCUAGCUGGAAGGGGAGGCAUUGGAGUGUAAACCCGGACGCGAAGACACGACAUUUGAGUUUUGAGGUGUUGGAGCGCAAGAUCAGUCAUGGUGAACUGCUUAAGCUGAAUCUGAAUGGCGAUGCCUACAGAGACGCUAUAUUGAUUGGUGGUGGCCCUCAGGAUAUCGGCCAUAGUCUGGUCAUUGACAGAAGCGGAGCGACCGAGAAAAGUCCCAGUCCAGACAACAACAAGCACCUGUCCGUACAAAGCCAGCAACCAUCACUACUACCAAGCGACAUAUCCAGACCUCGCAGCACAGACACCAGCAGAAGCAGAAGCAGAGACCGCGCCCGCCAUAGCAGCAUGACAACCACAACCCUUCACGCAUCGCGGAUGUCCUCAUCAGCCAGAUAUUCAUCACACGCGACGACUCACAACUCACUCGCCACCACAUCCGAAAACAACAACAAAUACGACGAUAAAGGUAGACGCUGGCGCGCACAGAAUCUAGAUAACUCAUUUGGCACGGGACGUUACGGUAUUGGCGGUAUGAUGCUUUGGAGGCUGGUUAAGGUUAUUGCGAAGGUUGAGGAUGGUGGGCUGGGGGUUCAUGGGUUUGAGAGGCAGAGUCAGGAGCAAGCUGCUUGGUAUUGUAUGCCUGAUCGGGCGAUGGGAGGGUGGUUUUAG